AUGUACUCAGCCGUGCGCCGACAACUUGCAUCGAUCCUCAAGACUCCUCGCAAGACCGUCACGUACGGCCUGAGCGCGUCUCGCAGGAUCGAGAAUGCCAGACCCGUACACCGACAAUACACCACUCUCCUGACAUCCAAUGGAACGCGUACUCGUCAGAGGCCGGGGUCACCUCAUGUCGCAGCGUUGCGCCAUAUGCACGUCAGAGCGUUGUCGUACGCGUCGAUACCCAAGUUCGUCCUCCGCGCGUUCCGUGUGCCAAUAGCAGGUGCUACGAUAGGUGCGGGAGGUGUCACGUAUGCGAACUAUAAAUUUGAAGAGUUCAAGAAGAAAUCGGACGAGUUCAUGACUACUGUCAAGGACACCGCUACGGAUAUUUUCGACACCGUGUCGGAUGGAGUGGGAGUUGUCACUUCUCGCAUCUCAGGAGUUGAACUGCCCUCUAUACCCAAACUCGAAACACCGCAGUUCUUGAAGGACCUUUUCUCUGGAGGCGAUAAGAACGGCGAGAAUGGAGAGGGCUCUGGUGAAGACGGGACCGGGAGCGGCUCAAGACGACCGCCAAAGGGCGAUGCCGCUGCUCUUGCUGCUCUGAUCGCUGCGACGACAUCCUCCCCAUCUGAUUCUAAACCGACCGAACUUGACCAGAACGGACUGAUGAACCUGACGAAGAAGCUGAUUGAAAUCCGAGGGAUGCUCAUUAGCAUCGACAAAAGUGACGCCUUGAAGCUGCCCAGUAUUGUUGUCAUUGGUAGUCAGAGCUCUGGAAAGAGCAGCGUCCUGGAAGCUAUUGUCGGGCAUGAGUUUUUGCCAAAGGGAUCCAACAUGGUAACGCGACGCCCCAUCGAGCUCACGUUGAUUCACACUCCAGGGUCUGCACAAGAAUACGGCGAGUUCCCAGCUUUGGGCUUGGGCAAGGUUACGGACUUCUCUAACAUCCAGCGGACACUCACUGACCUCAACCUCGCCGUCCCAUCUACCGAGGCCGUGUCUGACGAUCCGAUCGAUCUCCGAAUUUACAGCCCUCACGUCCCAGACUUGACUCUCAUCGAUCUUCCUGGAUACAUCCAAAUCGCCUCCAUGGACCAACCUGAGUCAUUGAAGGAGAAGAUCGUGUCUCUCUGCGACAAGUACAUCCGGGAGCCAAAUAUCAUCUUGGCGGUCUGUGCAGCGGACGUCGACUUGGCCAACUCACCUGCUCUUCGCGCCAGUCGUCGGGUCGACCCUCUCGGUUUACGGACGAUUGGUGUGAUCACAAAGAUGGAUCUCGUGCCACCAGAGCAGGGUGCCAGCAUCCUGACCGGGAACCGGUAUCCGCUUCACCUUGGCUACGUCGGCGUCGUGUGCAAGCCUUCUGGUUCUAAGAGCAGACGCGAAUCCACGUCUGCAGCUGCUGAACGUGGAGAGCACGAUUACUUCGGUGCCCACAAGGAGAUAUUCAAUAGCGGCUCUCUGAUGACUGGCACUGAUACCCUGCGCCGCCGCCUUAUGGAGGUCCUGGAAUCGUCUAUGGCGUCGUCACUGCACGGCAUCACUAAUGCUGUGCAGCUUGAGCUCGAGGAAGCCACCUACCAAUUCAAGGUGCAGUAUAACGAUCGACGGAUAUCGGCAGAGUCGUACGUCGCCGAGACCGUCGACCUGCUGAAAGCUCGCUUCCGCGAGUUUACCAUGCAGUUCAAGAAACCGCAGAUCCGCGCGAAGCUCAAGGAGAUGCUGGAUGAGAAGGUGAUGGACGUGCUCGAGCAGCUGUACUGGCUUGAUAAGCGGGUCCCGGAGCUCGGCGAGCUGGCUGCGAACCCGAAGGUGAAACCCGAGGACGUGGAGCCCUACUGGCGACACAAGCUCGAGGCGGCGUCGUCUCUCCUCACGAAAUCUGGUGUGGGCCGGGACUCGACGCUGCUCGUCGCGGACGGCCUGCGUGCGCUGAUCGAGUCGAUAGCCGCCGGGGAGCCCUUCACCUUCCACCCGCGCGCCGCGGAGCGCAUCGUGCAGUUCGCACACAUGAUCCUGCGCGACCGGAUCGGGUUCACGUCGGACCAGGUCGAGAACUGCAUCAAGCCGUACAAGUAUGAGGUCGAGGUGGAUUCGCGGGAGUGGGAGAUGGGCAGGAAGGAGGCGGUGGAGCUGUUCGAGAAGGAGAUGUCGAUGUGCGAGAGUAAACUGAAGGAGAUUAGGAAGCGCGUCGGAGGGAGCAGGCGGCUGUCUGGGUUGAUGGGCUAUGUGAAGACUUUGGAGCAAAGAGAAAAGGAGCGGAAGGCUCGCCGUCUGUUGACCGAUGACGAGUCACCAGAGGACGACUCGAAAUCUGUUGCGGAUGAUUACCAGUAUCCUCCAGCACAGAUCCUUGAUGCUCGACAUGCCAUCCUUUACAACGACCGCAUGGGCGUUUUGAAGCUGCGCAUUGCAGCUUUGAAGUCCAAGCGGUGUAAAGCUGGUCCCGAAAACGACGUUUUGUGCCCGGAGGCCUUCUUGAAUGUCGUCGCUGACAAGCUAGCGUACACCGCGGCCAUGUUUAUCAAUAUUGAACUGCUAGACCAGUUCUUUUACCAGUUCCCUCGAGAGAUCGACUCUAGAUUACUCUACGAUCUUGAUCGCAAAGAGAUCGUCGAGUUUGCACGUGAAAACCCCAUCGUCAGACGACACUUGGACCUACAGGAACGCAAGGACAAACUGGAGGAGGUCAUGAAGCAACUCAAUAGCUUGUCGACGUUGCGUCCCGACGUGCAGCCUACACCCCGCAGACAGCGCGGACUAUUUGGG